GAGGAUCAGCUGAGUGAGGGUGGAUGUUGCUGGGUGUUCUCCUCUAAGAUACCUCAAAGUGAGUGCACGUACUGUCAAGCUGUAGUCACUCUCCUGCCUUCACUCAACUCACAUGACUCUCAAGGUCUACACCAAGGCAACCAAGCCUUUCGAAGGCCAGAAACCUGGUACCAGCGGCCUAAGAAAGGCUGUCAAAGUAUUUCAACAGGAAAACUACACUGAAAAUUUUGUGCAAUGUAUCCUGAGUGCUAUGGGUGGUGCUCUGAGUGGCUGCACGCUGGUCGUUGGUGGGGAUGGACGCUACUUCGGAAAGGAAGCUGUUGAUAUUAUCAUAAAGAUCUGUGCAGCUAAUGGGGUGCGUAAAGUGAUGGUUGGUCAGAAUAGUAUCCUCUCUACGCCAUGUGUUUCGUGUGUCAUUCGGAAGUACAAUACUGCUGGUGGCAUUGUUCUUACUGCAAGCCACAAUCCUGGUGGACCAAAUGCUGACUUUGGCAUCAAGUUUAACAUCUCCAAUGGAGGUCCUGCUCCAGAUGCUGUCACUAAUAAGAUCUAUGAAAUCAGCAAGAACAUAGUGGAAUACAGAAUAUGUCCUGAGGUACACUGUGACAUUUCUGUGAUUGGCAAACAGGAGUUUCUGGUUGACUCUCGGCCAUUUACAGUGGAGGUAAUCGAUUCGGUUGUUGACUAUGUUGAAUAUAUGAAGGAGAUAUUUGACUUCAGGGCCAUAAAAGACCUUCUCCAUGGAGCAGCAGGCCAGCCACUUAAAGUUCUUAUCAAUGCCAUGCAUGGAGUAACGGGACCAUAUGUUCGCCGCAUCUUUUUAGAAGAACUAGGAGCCAGCCAAGAUUGUGCUGUCAAUAUUGAGCCUCUAGAAGACUUUGGAGGUCACCAUCCAGACCCCAACUUGACAUAUGCUGCUGAUCUGGUAAAGGCUAUGCAGGAAGGAGAUUAUGGCUUUGGUGCAGCCUUUGAUGGUGAUGGUGACCGCAACAUGAUUUUAGGCCACAAAGCAUUCUUUGUGACGCCAUCAGACUCUGUGGCAGUCAUUGCAGACAACACGGACUAUAUCCCUUACUUUAAGAAGAACGGUGUAAAGGGAUUGGCUCGCAGCAUGCCCACAGGAUGUGCUAUAGAUAGGGUUGCUGAAAAGAAAGGAGUGGAAGUGUUUGAAGUUCCAACUGGAUGGAAAUAUUUUGGAAACCUGAUGGAUGCUGGCCGACUCUCCAUUUGUGGUGAGGAAAGCUUUGGAACAGGAAGUGACCACAUUCGAGAGAAGGAUGGCAUAUGGGCAGUCUUAGCAUGGCUAUCAAUUUUAGCUGGUCGUAAUAUGUCAGUAGAGCAGGUGCUGCACAGUCACUGGGAAACAUAUGGAAGGAACUUUUUCACCAGGUAUGAUUAUGAGAAUUGCGAGAGUGACCCAUGCAAUAAAAUGAUGUCUGUUUUGGAUGCCAUGAGUGGUGAUGCAUCCAUGGUGGGUAAACAGCUCUCUCAUGGAGAAAAAACUUAUACCAUUGCCAAAAUUGACAACUUUGAGUACCAGGACCCCAUUGAUGGUGCUGUAGCAAAGAAACAGGGUGUCCGUAUCCUGAUGAGUGAUGGGUCUCGAGUUGUGUUCAGACUGAGUGGCACUGGCAGCUCUGGUGCUACAGUUCGUAUGUACAUUGAAAGUUAUGAGUCCGACUCCUCUACAUAUACUAAAGAUGCACAGGAAGUCUUGAAACCUCUGGUUGAAAUUGCUCUGCAGUUAUCAAAACUUUCAGAAUACACAGGACGCCAGCAACCUACUGUUAUCACGUAGUUAGCUAGCUCUUUCCUAUUGAUUUCAUUAAAACAGUAUCCUGAAUGGGUGUGCAGUAUGUUCAUCCUUAAUAUAUUUGUUUGGAUUACUAAUUGUUUAACCUUUGGAUAAGAAAAACAGUAAAUCUUGAAUAAAAUAUAAUUAUUACAAAGUCCCAAUUAUUUUUUACAUCAGUAUCUUUAGAAGGCAUGCCUUCAGCUGGAUUUUUUUUUUUUCCAAAAAACUAUGGGACAACUUUUUUGGGCUACUCAUGAUGAGAAAAGUACAAUAAACCCUCUACUAAACAGAGUGGACAGACAUUAAUGGCUCUUGUAGUGGAUAGACUAAUUUGUUUUUCUGUGAUCAUAACACUUCCAUUAUCAAUAGACCAUACCUUAUUAUCAAGCCAAUCCAG